AUGUCGCAGAUGCAAGAAAAUCAAAUGCCGAAUAGGCUGGCAAAUUUUAAGCACAAAGGAAAAGAUAUUGAAGAAAUGAGAAGGCGACGAAAUUCUGUUACUAUAAAUUUAAGAAAAGCUAGUAGAUAUGAUCAAUUACUUAAAAAAAGGAAUGUGUCUGUAAAUGAAUCUCCGUAUGCAUUUCAAGACGGCAAUGCUUCAACUCAAUCCAAUUCUGUCAUGACUGUUCCUGAAAUUAUGUCAGCCAUCACAAGUGGAGAUGAAAAUUUUGUUUUUGAAGCACUUCAAGAUGCUAGAAAAAUACUUAGCAAAGAUAAAAAUCCUCCAAUUCAAGAUAUAAUCAAUUCUGGAAUUGUUCCUCACCUUGUCGAAUUCCUGUCAGAGAAAUACAAUGAAAAAUUUCAAUUUGAAGCUUGCUGGGCUUUGACAAAUAUAGCAUCUGGAAAUUCUGAUGAAACGGCUGUAAUCAUACAAUCUGGUGCUUUGCCCAAAUUUAUUGCUUUAUUGAAUUCUCCGCAUGAACAAGUUGCCGAACAAGCAACUUGGGCGUUGGGUAACAUUGCAGGCGAUGGACCUAAGCCUAGAGAUCUCGUUUUAGAAUUAGGAGCUUUACCUAUAUUAUUAAAAUUACUAGAAUCCGAUCUCAAAAUUAGUGCCGUUCGUAAUAUUGUUUGGACUAUAUCAAAUUUAUGUCGAAAUAAAAAUCCUCCACCGCCAUUCAGUGUCGUUAAAACAUGUUUACCGACUUUUCGUAAAUUGUUAUAUUCCAAAGAUAAUGAAGUUUUAGCGGAUACUUGUUGGUCUCUGUCUUAUUUGACCGAUGGUCCAGAUAAAAGAAUUCAAGCUGCCGUCGAAACGGGAGUCGUGCCACGAUUAGUCGAACUUUUAUCCGAAAGUUUUGCUUCCAACAUCACCCAAGUACUAACUCCGGUUUUGAGAACAAUCGGAAACAUAGUCACGGGUAACGAUUUUCAAACAGACUGCGUCAUAAAUGCCGGAGGUUUACCGAAUUUGAGAAAUUUACUGAGCGCGGACAAAGAUAACAUUGUCAAAGAAGCCGCUUGGUCAAUAUCGAACAUAACGGCCGGAAAUAAAGAACAAAUUCAAGCAGUCAUCGAUGCUGAAAUUUUACCACCUUUGAUAAACGUUUUACAAAAUGGAGAUUCGAAAUCGCAAAAGGAAGCUGCUUGGGCCGUGACAAAUUUCACUUCCGGUGCGACCGUCACGCAAUUGUUUUUCCUUCUCCGCGCGGGUGUCAUACCUCCCCUGUGCAAUCUUUUAGACGCAAAAGACUGGAGCACAGUUUUGGUCGUCAUGGACGCUCUCACGAACAUUUUGAAAAACGCUAAAAAAAUCGGAGAACUUGAUUCCAUCGCGUUGAUGAUAGAAGAAUGCGGGGGCGUCGACAAAUUGGAAGAAUUACAAAAUCACGAAAAUCAACAGAUAUACGAAAAAGCAUUGGAUAUAAUACAGCAUUACUUUUCGAAAGCGGCAAAUGAAAGCGUGGCACCAGAGGUUAACGGUCAAUUUAAUUUUAGCGCGCCCAAACAAGGGAGUCAAUUUGAUUUUUAA